UAUAUAUUCUUCCUUUUUUUUUCUUAGAAAAAAAUCACCUUUGAUCUUCCAAAACCAAGAAAAAUAUCCUCCAAAAUAUUUCUUUCUUCCUUAUCCUGUACUUCUUUCCUUUAUUAGCUCCCCAAAUUUCCCCAAUUCUCACACUUAUAAUUUUUACUAUAUAAGUUUCAUUUUAAUACUACUAUAAAUUAAAAUUAAUAUUGCCCAUAUGAAGCUCAUUGCUCUCAUCCUAAUCUUCAACACCCACCGAUUAAAAAUUUCAAGAAAAUUAUAUAAAUAAUAAAUACCCAUUAAAAUUCCAAUCCUUUAUCGUUUCUGUGUGUUCUUUGAUUUUCCAUUUUCCCUAUUGUUUGAAGAUUUAAUCCAAAAAAAAAACCCUCAAAAGAAUCAAGAAAUCAUGCUUGAACGGCCGUGCAAGAAUCUCCUAAAUUGCUGGGAUGAAAUGCCACCGGAGAUUGACCAAAAGAUGGGAAGAAUUCCAUCAGUGAUAACAAAACCCGGGAUCAUCCCUGAAUGUGAUGGUGGGUCGGAGUCUGAUCUCACGGCUCGUGCGAUGGAACAGAGAACAAUCAUCGUUGCAAACCAACUGCCAUUGAAAAGCUUCAAAGAUGGUGAGAAAUGGAGGUUUGAAUACGAUGAAGAUGCGCUUUCGUUGCAGCUGAAAGAUGGGUUAAACCCCAAAAUUGAUGUUGUUUACAUAGGCUGUUUGAAAGUUGAGAUUGUUGAUGUGAAAGAACAGGAAGAAAUUUCACAGUUUUUGAUGGAGAAAUUCAAGUGUUUGCCAGUGUUCUUACCACCAGAGAUUCAAAACAAGUUUUACCAUGGAUUCUGUAAGCAUUAUUUAUGGCCUUUAUUUCAUUAUAAAUUGCCAAUUACAUCUAAUCAUGGUGCUGCUUAUGAUCAAUCUUGUUGGCGUGCUUAUAUUAGUGCUAAUAUGAUGUUUGCGCACAAGAUUAUUGAGGUGUUUAGGUAUAGAGGAGGGGAGGAUUUCGUGUGGUUGCAUGACUAUCAUCUUAUGGUGGUGCCUACACUUUUGAGGAGGAGGGUUUUUAGGGUUAAAUUGGGGUUUUUCUUGCAUAGUCCUUUCCCAUCAUCUGAGAUUUUUAGGGUUAUACCUGUCAGGGAAGAGAUUUUGAGGGGUUUAUUGAAUGCUGAUCUUGUUGGGUUUCAGACUUUUGAUUAUGCAAGGCAUUUCUUGUCAUGUUGUAGUAGGAUGAUGGGGUUGGAUUAUAUGUCGAAACGAGGCCAUUUAGGGGUUGAUUACUCUGGUAGAACUGUUAGUAUUAAGAUUUUGCCUGUUGGGAUUCAUAUGGGUCAGCUUCAGUCUUUGGUAUCAAUGGAUGAGACUGCUAAGAGGGUUAAAGAAUUGAAGGAGAAAUAUGAAGGGAAAUUUGUCAUGGUCGGUGUGGAUGAUAUGGAUGUUUUAAAAGGGAUUAGUUUCAAGUUUAUGGCAUUCGGAUAUCUCUUGCAAACGCAGCCAAAGUUUAGGGGGGAAGUGGUUCUUAUUCAGAUUGCAAACCCGGCAAGGAGCAGAGGGAUUGAUGUGCAAGAGGUUGAAGAUGAAACACAUCAGAUUGCCAAAGAUAUUAAUGAGAAAUAUGGAAAACCAGGGUAUGAUCCAAUUGUUUUUAUCCAUGAAUCAGUUUCUACCCUAGAAAAGGUCGCGUACUAUGCAAUUUCUGACUGUUGCUUAUUGAACGCGGUGAGGGAUGGGAUGAAUCUUGUACCUUACAAAUACACUGUUUCUCGCCAAGGUAGUCCGGAGUUAGAUGCUGCAUUGGGGAUUGACUCUUCUGCCCCUAAAAAGAGUGUCAUCAUUGUCUCGGAGUUUGUUGGGUGCUCGCCUUCUCUUAGUGGUGCGAUAAGAGUCAAUCCAUGGAAUGUGGAGGAAUUAGCUGAAAAAAUGCUUGUGGCAAUCGCAAUGUCCGACAGUGAGAAAGAGUUGAGGCAUGAAAAACAUUACAAAUAUAUAAGUUCUCAUGAUAUUGCGUAUUGGGCUAAGAGUUUUGACCAAGAUCUUGUGAGAGCUUGUGGUGAUCCCUUUUCUAAGAGGUGUUGGGGUGUUGGUUUUGGUUUGAAGUUUAGGCUUAUUGCCUUGCCUCCUGACUUCAGGAAACUCUCAGUUGAUCAUAUUAGAGCCCCGUAUUUGGGUUCCAACAGUAGGCUGAUCUUGCUGGACUAUGAUGGAACUAUGACACCACAGUCAUCUGUUGACAUUGCACCUACUUCUGAAGCUUUAUCUCUUUUGAACAGUUUAUGUGAUGAUCCGAAAAAUACUGUCUUCAUUGUGAGUGGAAGAAGCAGAGAGACUCUCAGCAAGUGGUUUUCCUCUUGCGAAAAGCUUGGGAUUUCAGCUGAGCAUGGUUAUUUUACUCGGUGGAAUAAGCACUCUCCAUGGGAAUCUAGUAUGCUGGGAUUAGAUUUUGAGUGGAAGAAAAUUGUAGGACCAGUAAUGGAGCUUUAUGCAGAAGCGACUGACGGGUCUUCCAUAGAGUACAAGGAAAGUGCAUUGGUGUGGCAUUACCAAGAUUCUGACUAUGAUUUUGGGGCAUGUCAGUCUAAAGAAUUGCUUGAUCAUUUGGAAAAUGUGCUUGCUAAUGAACCUGUUGUUGUUAAACGUGGCAAGCAUAUAGUCGAAGUGAAACCACAGGGCGUGAGCAAAGGUAUUGUGGUGGAAAAUCUCAUUGCAACAAUGAAGAACAUGGGUAAACCAACAGAUUUUGUAAUGUGCAUAGGAGAUGACCGUUCUGAUGAAGAUAUGUUUGAGGGUAUAGGUCGUGCCACCUCGAACCCAUCACUGCCACCAAUCCCUGAAGUGUACGCCUGCACAGUUGGUCAGAAACCAAGUAUGGCAAAAUAUUAUCUCGAUGAUAGUUCUGAAGUCAUCACCCUGAUCGAGGGACUUGCUGAGUUGCAGCUACAAAAGGCGUCUGAUUCUCAGAUUGCUAGUGAUGAUAGCAACGUUGUCUAGUUUAGAUUUACAAACAUAUUAAGAGAGAAAAGGGUAGGGAAAAAAAAAACUUUGUACAGCAAAGUAUAUGGGGUUUUUGGUCAAUCAUUUAGGAUACAUUUUUAGGAGAUACAAGUGAAUAGGUUAUUUUGCAGCAUAAGCUGAUACAGUCUUCUUCAAUCUUGGUAGAUGUAAGACAUUUUUUGCAAGUUAUCGAUUCUUUUAGUUAGUUGUUUCA